AAAGUCGUCACGGUACAAUCAACAUUUAACACUGACUUACAGCUCGAUAAAUAUUAUAAAAUCAGUGACAUUCUGCAAAUAUUAUUGUUUGUCAAACUGAGUUCAUUAAAGGGAAUGUAUCAAAUUUAUUCAAACACUAGAAAUGGGUUUGGCGAUGGUGUACUUGUGAGAACAAAAACAAAACAAACAUAAACAAAGCGAAGUCAACAAAGUAGAAAUCGGAGCAACGCACAGCGUACGGUCGUCUAAUGAAUAAUGCCAAUGUUUGUGCGCGAUCCGUGUGGGAUUGUGUGCAUUUUGCUAACGUAUUUUGCAGUUUUGUAUGCAGAUUACGUAGUUGUGAGAUGGAUUAUUUUACAAACUAUGCAAAACAGUUUGUGGGGACCACUUCACGUGGUGCUCUUCAACUCUAUCAUUUUCCUCCUGAUAAUGGCACACGUGAAAGCUGUGUGCUCGGAUCCGGGCAUCGUUCCUCUUCCUCAGAGCCGUGUGGAUUUCUCCGACAUCCAUUCAGGUACUCAGAGCAUUCUCCAGAGAGAAGAUUGGACUGUUUGCACGCGGUGCGAGACGUAUAGGCCCCCUCGUGCGCAUCAUUGUCGCAUAUGCAAGCGGUGCAUUCGACGAAUGGACCAUCAUUGCCCGUGGAUCAAUAACUGCGUUGGCGAACAGAACCAAAAGUUCUUCAUCCAAUUCCUGGUGUACGUGGGCGCGCUGUGCACUUACGCCAUCGUGCUGGUCGUGACCUCGUGGCUGGUCGAGUGUCCCGGCUGCAGCACGGACGUCAACGUCAAGCAGAGUCGCAUCUUGCAUUGCGUGAUCCUGGUCCUGGAGAGCGCGCUGUUCGGGAUGUUUGUGUCUGCCAUCUUGGUGGACCAGCUGCAGGCUAUCCUCAGCGACGAGACUGCGGUGGAGCAGGCCCAGAGACAAGGACCGUACAGACUGCACAAGUCGCGGCUCGCCCUGCUGUCGGAGGUGUGCGGGCGCGACCACCCGCUGCUGUGGCUGCUGCCGUGCGGGAGCGUGACGCGGUCGCGCGAGGAGCCCCUCCUGGGACACCUGGACGUGUAGCG